AUGCUAUAUUUUAUUCUUUUAUUCUUGGUAAGUUCAAUUUUUGCAGCUGAAGUCAGUCCAGUAUUCACUGAUUUUAUUUCCUGCGAAUGGGAAAAUGGUGGUGAUUUUCCCUUUGCACUUCCAAUAAACCCCAAGUGGAUGGUUAAAGUUGGCUGGACCAUUGAUCAAUCAACUAUGCAAGUUGGAGAUACUUUUACGUUGCAUAUGCCAUGUGUUUAUAAAUUCCCCACCUCUGAUAAAACCUUCAAACUAAGCCACAACAACAUUGAUUAUGCUUCAUGCCAGCUUAAACCAGGAGAUGUGGUAUUGGGAUAUUCUGAAGUCAGUUGUGUGAUAAACGAAGUCCCUUCUGCUGGUUCGGUUUCUGGUGAAGCAACUUUUCCCGUGACAUUUAAUGCCGGUCUUUCUGGAGCAGCUACUGAUUUACAAUGUUCGUCACGUUUUCAUGAAGGUACCAAUACCAUCAUAUUCAAUGAUGGAAACACUGAAAUUUCAACUACUGUGAAUUUUCAAAAGGAUACCGACAAUGAUUUUGACAAAAUUGCUUAUGUACACAAAUAUAUUCCCAACUUGAACCGGUUUCAAGACUAUUUGUUGGCAGGAAACUGUCCCAAUGGGUAUAAAUCGGGAAAGUUAGGAAUUCAGUUGGCAUUGACCUCUGAAGUUAUUGAUUGUCUGAAUGCAAAAGCACAUAUUUCAAACAUGUUUAACGAUUGGAUGUAUCCUACCGCAGCUCAAAACCUAAUUGCCUCAAUAGAAUGUGGACCAGAUUCCUUCACAGUGGAAUAUGGAGAAAUCCCCCCUGGAUAUAGACCAUUCAUUACUGCUUUUCUUCUUGAUCCCCAGUUUUCGGGAACAUAUGUCAAUUAUAUUAAUACAUACACUUGCAAAGGAGAAGACAAAGAACAUGAGAAUGAUGAGGUUGUUCUUUGGAAACCAUCAAAUGAUGGGAUGACUGGUGCUACUGCCCAACGAGUAAUUGUCGUCACUCAAACUUAUACUGGUUCGACGACCUCUGCAACUACACUACCAUUCGAAACCGGGCCAGGGAAAACUAUGACAAUUCAAGUUAAUGUUCCGAUUCCAACAAUCACAACCACAUCGACGUAUAUUGGUAUCUCAACUUCUUAUACUACAAUUAGUGCUGAGCCUGGUGAAACUGCAAUUGUAGUGGUGGCGGACCCUACUCAUACUACCAUCACAGAAACAACAUGCUGGGACCGUGAUAUUACCACUACUGUCACUAUUAUUGUGCAUGAUAAUCCAACCGAUAUAGUUGGAAUAGUCACACCU